CAAAAGAAAAAUAAAACCAUGUAGAACGUUCUACCAAGAAAUUUAAAUUUCAAACUAAAAGUAUGUGUCACUAGCAUUCAUCCAAAGAUCUUCAACUGAAAGCUUUUUUGAACAAAGCAUUUGAUUUAUAUAAAACGCUAAUUACUGCAAAUGCUUCAACCUAUAAUAAUCGAAAGUUAAUUAAUGAAAAAUUUAAUAUUAAUUUAACGAGAAAAGAUAUAAAUAAUUUCAAACAAAAGAUAAAAUUUAAUCUUGUCGGGAAUCACAGUGAUCCAGAAUUAUUACAAACAUGGAUUGAUCAAAUUUUAAAUGAAAACCAGAGCAAUUCCAUUCAAAUUCAAAUUAAUGAAAAUGGUACUUUAGAAUGUUUAUUUAUUCAAACUUCUCAAAUGAAAACAUGGUUUGCGAAAUAUGUAAAUAGAGCACAUAUAGAUUGAACGUUUAAAGUAAACAUCGAAAAUUAUCAAUUAUAUGUAUGUUUGGCACAAAAUGCAAAUUUAAAAGGUGUACCUGUGGCUUAUUGUUUAAUGACCAGUGAAAAUAAAGACAAUUUAGAGUUUUUCUAUUUGGCGAUGAGUAAGAAUAAUAAUUUAACACAAACACAAGUUGCUAUUGUCGAUAAGGAUUUAACAAACGUUGAUAUUUUACAACAAUAUUUUGAUAAAGCAAGAGUAUUAUUAUGCAUGUUUCAUGUUCUGAAAUAUUUAAAAACUCGAAUUAAUAUGCUUAAAAUUCCAUUAGACAAUCGAAUGAAUAUUAUGAAAAAUGUUCGAAAGUUACUUUAUGAUAAUGAUCAAAUGUCAGCUAUAUAUCUGGAAGAAAUAAAAAACAAUUCAGAAGAAACAGAUUUCUACGAAUAUUUCGAAGGAAAUUGGUUCUCGUGUUGCGAAAUGUGGCAAAUAAAGCAUCGUAAAAGUCUAUUUAACUUUGGUACUGAUACGAAUAAUCAUAUUGAACGGUUUAACAGAACAUUAAAUGAUCAUAUAUCACCUAAAAUGCACAUAUCUGAAUGCGUAGCAAAAUUGAUUUUGAUUGUUGAUGACGCUAAAGCCGAUGAAAUGAAUAUAAAUAUUAAUUUGAAACAAAAGGUUUAUAAUUAUGAUGAUUCAGCGUUACUUAAAAGAUUUCAUUCACAAAUUACAAGUAAAGCUAUUGAAUUAUUACGAAAACAAAAUGAAGAACUUAAACAUGAACAUUACUUUAUCGAAGAAAUUGAAGAAAGUAGAUGA